AUGGGAGUGGUGCUGAAGAACCAAUUCGAUCAAUUUCGUGUUCUUUGCCAAAAUGCCUCAAGGAUAGAUGAAAAAUUCGUUUACGAGGGCUCUCUCCUGGUGAUUUUCAACUUGCAGAAAUGCCUGUGGAAUAUCUUUGGGAGUGAUCCGAAGGGCAUCAUCGAAAUCCUCUUGACUCCAGAGGAUUUCGGGACUUUCCCUACCGGAGAUCUGCAAUUGAGAGUGGGUUCAAAGUACAAAGAUGAGGUACCCUCGGGGACCGAUGAAACGACACUUGCUACUUUUGAUGCACCUGUCAGUGAAAACACAAAGGUGACAGUGGAAGGCGAUGAAGCCUGGGUUGACCUAUUGACCCGCAAAACCGUGUCGCCCUUCAAGCUCUUCUACACCGUCUUAAACGACAGUUCGGAGAGCCGGGAGUUUUAUAUGACCGGUUUCAACGGGACGAUCGAAUACAGAGAGGAUGAGGAGACACCCCCGGAGCGGAGACGAUACGUCUGGCAUCUGUCGGGACCCCCAGGAACGGGAUGGGACUUCCAACUCAUAAAUCUGGAUAUCACCGACUCUCUAGGGGAAUUCCUCUACAUCGGCGGUGGGCGAGAGGUGACAUUGGCAAGUAGCGGGAUUAUUUUAAGUAACAAGGAGAUUGAGGGGAAGAAAAUGAUUCGCGUGGCGAACAACGAUGCAGUCGUCUACUUGGCCCUUCCCAAUCGCUCUCCUGAAAAUUUCCGCAACUUCACUCUCAACUUCACCCGAUUCGGGAACGAGACCGAGAUGACGACGACGACGGAAGGGCCCACGACGUCGGCGUUGCCGAUCCCCUCGGGAGAUCCUCCAUCCAUCACCGUGCUACUCCGUCAUCCCGAGAAGAAACUCGAAAAUCUCGUCUCUGCUCCUUCUUCCUUCACCAACAAGGUUGUUCAGGAGAAGAAAAGGAUUCGUGUGGCGAGCAACGAUGCAGUCAUUUACAUGGUUCUCCCCGUCCUCAAAUCCGGAAGUAACCGCGGCUUCUCCCUCAAUUUCACCCAAUUCGGUAACGAGACAGAGAUGACGACGACGACGGAAGGGCCCACGACGUCAGCGUUGCCGAUCCCCUCGGGAGAUCCUCCAUCCAUCACCGUGCUACUCCGUCAUCCCGAGAAGAAACUCGAAAAUCUCGUCUCUGCUCCUUCUUCCUUCACGUACGCCAUCGCCGUUUCGUUUCCCGUCGCCUCAUUCACGAUCCCCACUGCCCACGACGCAGAGACGUGGAUGUAUUUCCAGAAUCUGACCAAGGAGAUCGCCAGAGCGUGCGAAGACUACGCGAAGGAAAACGGUCUAUCGAGCACGAGCAUCACGUUCGUUACUUACGUCGUACAUCGCAAGGGGUGUUCCGUUCGUAAAAUCGGUCCCACGAUGACCGGGAGUUCGAACCCGAAAGUGAAAAAAGAAGAUGCAUUUGAUGUCUGCCUGAAUACGUGCCUCCACGAGUUCUUCAAUCCGAACGAUGGACUCUUCCUCUUGGUCCGUAUCGCGUGA